AACAGCGUGAGAGCGUCUCUUUACAAGAGAGAAGCAAGGUGAUAAUUGUGAAUUGUAGAGUCCAAGCUUUAAUUUCCGUUACUAGCAAAUUACACUACUUAUACCUAAUAAUAAUUCCAACAACUUUACAGAUUGUUCAUGUAAUUUGCGAGAGAAUGUUGGAGUUAUGUGGCUGUCAAACUGAUGAAUUUUCUUCAAAUGCACUCUCGAUAACACAAAACUUCCUUUGUAUAAAGGUACAUGGUGGUACCCAGCAACAAGAGUCCUUUUCCCGUGUAUCCAGCGUUGACGACAUUCUUUCGACUGACGAUCUGCCAAAGCUUCCGACAUGCAACAGUUCUUACACAUGCAACGCAACUUCUCCAAGUCCUAGUCCGUCGGAAUGUGACGAAAACACAGAUGCAUCUGUAAAGUUUAGUGAUUCGUACUCAGAUCUAAGUACUUUGGAUGGAGAAGAAUUGAAGGAAGACGUAAAGGAUUUAUUGCUGAACGAAAAUAAAUGUUUUCAAGAACUAGUCACCAAUAAGCAAAAAGAGGAUACUGAUUCUCUCCGAGAAAUAUAUGAUCGAAGUGAAGUCAUCUCAUCCCUUCUAAUUCCCUUUGACAAUGCCGACUCAAAAUUCGCACAAACAAUUUUGGAAUACGAAAAUACCAUAAAUGCAUCUCAAUUUGGAUGGAAACUUUUAAAAAAUGAAACCAAUAUUGCUAUGUUGGCAAGUUUACUUUACGACUGGUUAGAAACCUUAAGAAGUCCAGUGUUGGGAACAGACGAUUUAGAAGUAAUUGUAAUUAAUUACAAAUUAACGGAGCAGUGUUUAGCAAAGUUUGAUUUGGAAGAAGCGUGUUUAAUCGAAUAUUUGAUUAACUUUAUUGCCAAGCUCGGGCCGAUGUCAGAUAAAGAUGAGGAAAACGUACUCUUGAGAAUGUUAGCUGCGUUAACUCAGCAAACUGUCGUUAUAGAAAAUGAAACGUUACCGAUGGGUAGAGACUUUCGAAGAUUUCGUGAAGGAACUCUAACCUGUGCGAGGCAUUUCUUUAAGGCUCUUCUUCCAUUAACAACUGAACAUCAUCAAAAAUUUGCAAAAGCAAGAAUUGGCGGUACCAGUGCACAUAGUAGUGCAGAAUCUGACAAUCAAAAUAUGUGAAUGUGGCUUCCUUUUCAUAAGAUUCCAAAGUCAAUUGUAAAAAAUAGUUCAUAUUUUGUUACAGUAUUUGCAAAUAAAUGAUAAAAGUGUU